AUGGACGAUACUAACCAAAAUACGAGUGAAGACGAAAGAGCCAUUGAACUUUCAACCAUCGCCGCCAUUUAUCCUGAACUCGUGGUUGACGAUCAAGACCCAUAUACUGCUACUCUCGACCUCGCUGUAACACCCGUCCGGCCGCUGCGGAUUCUCUUUCAACCCUCGACAGACAGUGCGCCACCCAUUCUUCCCACACCACCUACCUCUCCUGAGCAAAGCCAGAAUGAUAGCGGCGCGAAGCUUGCGUUACAACAGCCUGUCCUUCCCCUCGACGCUCACGAGCUCUCUCAUUUGCCCCCACUGUCGCUCCGAAUCUCGCUGCCGGUGGGUUAUCCAGCCACGAAACCUCCGGUCAUUUCAGUCUCCGUUACACCUCAAUGGCUGUCUCGACCCGUUUUGAAACGCCUCAAGGACGAUUGUGCUAGGCUGUGGGAAGAGCUGGGGAAAGAUCAGGUCGUCUAUGCAUAUAUAGACCAUGUCCAACAAGAGGCGGAACAAGCUUUUGGUCUUGCGGGGGGAAUGGACGUUGAACUGUCUAGUGACCUGAAGCUGGCAUUGCUAGAUUUCGACCUCAAAACCAAGCGCGAACAUUUUGAGAAAGAAACCUUUGACUGCGGGAUUUGUCUAGAGCCGAAGAAGGGGAACUAUUGCCACAAGCUCAUGAUGUGCGGGCACGUCUUUUGCGUCCCGUGCUUACAGGAGUUCUACAAGAGUUGCAUAACGGAAGGAGAUGUUGAUAAUGUCAAGUGUCUUGACCCUGGUUGCGGCAAAGAUGAACCUGGAGGGAUGGGCGCGAACGGUCGGCCCCCGAAGAGGCGGAAACAAGACCAAACACUCAACCCCAGUGAACUGUUGCAGAUUCCCAUCGACCAAGAACUCGUCCAGCGGUACGUGCGUCUCAAACGAAAGAAGCGGCUUGAAUCGGACAAGAAUACCAUCUACUGUCCUCGACAAUGGUGCCAAGGAGCCGCAAAGUCGAAGAAACAUCCCAAACCCAUUGACCCGUUGAAUGAUGUUGAGGAAAGCUCAGAAUCAGAAGAAGAACAAUCCGAUUCGGCGUCUGGAAAGAACAAGCAACGCGAGCUGGAAGAUGUACCUGUUUCGGAACGUCUCGCUGUGUGCGAGGACUGCGAUUUCGCAUUCUGCAGUGUCUGCCGGAGGGGAUGGCACGGCGUGCUGGUGAGAUGCAAUCCUCGACGAGAAAAGGAAAUCAACGAAGAAGAGGCGGCCUCAAUGGCAUAUCUGAAGAAGCACUCUACCCCUUGUCCGACCUGCAGCGCACCGGCGCAGAAGACGAUGGGAUGUAACCACAUGACUUGCUUCAGGUGCAAAUGCCAUUUCUGCUACCUGUGUGCGGCAUAUCUUAUGCCUGACAAUCCUUAUAGUCACUACAACGACACCAAGAGCCCAUGUUAUAUGCGUCUGUGGGUGAUGGAAGAAGGGGAUGGCGAAGGCGUGGACGCCGAUCGUAAUCCAGAUCUUGCAGAAUGGGACGAGAUUGACGAUGCAGAUGAUGGGUCGGACGAUGAAGGGCUCCCGCCCGAGAACUUUGCCGCAUUUCAAGGCGACCAUGGACGACCGUUUGCCGAUGAAGAAGAUACUGAUGAUGAAGAGCCGGCACCUGACCAGCGGCGCAAUCGCCAAAUGCACAUUGAAAUCGUGAACUUUGCGCGACCCGGAGCACAAAAUGCUCACCGAAUCGAACUUCCCGAACGACCUCGGGCUCCAGCUCGUGUCGAAGCCCCUAUUCCCCCACAAGUACCGAAUCCACCAAGACCGAGACGUCGACGGAGAGGUGGUGGCCAACAAGCGAACCGCCAACGUGCGAUGGCGAACGAGCCUGCCCGCGCAGCCCAGGCUCAAGGGCAAGCUCGGGCUCGGGUUCAUCUUCAUGUUGCAUUGCCUGGACGGGAUAUUCGAGCAGUCGAAGACCGGCAGAAUGGCCUCAACCGGGUACAUGGCGACAAUGUAGCUGUUCUGCCUAACGGCAACGUUGAUGGCAAUGCCGAUGCCGCGAAUCCUCCAGCACAGCUUCCGCUUGCUGCUCCCGGUCAAGGAAAUCAUCCGGCCGCUGCGCACGGCGCGCAUGCGGGUCCUGUGCGCGCCAUGGGGCUAGAACGGUUCUUGCAGCUUGCACAGCAAGACCAAGAGGAUGAGUGGGACUCGGACGAGCUGGACGAAGAUGAUUUCCAAGCCAUGGAGCAUGAGCAAGAGCACGAGCCACGGCGGAGAAGACAGGAGAGGGUCAUGGGCUGGCGGUGA